GGUAACCAUGGUGACCGUCAACACUUGGAGUCGUUCGCUGGGGACAGCUAUAAGCACGUUUUGCGAAGUAAAAAAAGCGCACAUUUCCGACAUGGCGUUACCUUUUCUACCCGGAAAUUCUCCAAAUAUAAACCUGCUGAAGGAGAAAUUUCACAAAUCCCAACAUUUCGACUACUCGAGUGGGGUGCCUCUGCUGGCCGGAAUAGAGAAGCCAGGCAUCGGAGGUGAGUUGUUGCUGGGACAGCGGAUCAAACCAAAAUCUUCCGUCUAUCCCAAAGUAGCAACCGGUGGUUUGCCGUCAUGGGUUGCCUUUGACAAACAGGCCCUGUGUUUUGAGGCGUAUUUCCAGGAAACGGUGCCAGACAUUCCCAAUGAGACCAACAGAAUCCGCAAAUGUAAAAUCUACUUCUACCUGGAAGAUGAUACCAUACAAGUGGUUGAGCCAGAGUACAAAAACAGCGGAAUUCCUCAAGGGACUCUGAUUCGCCGCCAACACAUCCCGUUGCCACCACCCAAGCAGGAGCAGUUCUAUAACGUGUUCCACUUUAACCUCAACCAGCAGAUGGUACUGUUCGCCCAAACGUUCACGGUGACCAACUGUGACCAGUUCACAAGGAACUUUCUCACUAAAUGCGGGGUGAUACUCAAUGACCCCGUUGCUGUGCCCGAAGACCCUUACCGUAGCCUCCGGGAAAAGAUGGAGAAAAGCAUGAGUCCAUUGCGGCCGUAUGAGAGGCGAGACACUCUUAAACAGUUCUUGGAGUACGACUGCAAAGUCCUGCGCUUCUUCUGCUUCUGGGAUGACACCCAGGCCAUCUACGGGGAUCUCAGAGAGCUCGUGUUGCACUACUACCUGGCUGACGACACAAUAGAAAUCAGGGAAGUCAUCCCACCAAAUUCCGGUCGAGUCACAGCAUCCAAAUUCCUACGUCGCAGCAAGCUACCCAAGCAUACUUCGAACCAGUUGAACCUACCCGGAGAGGUGACCGACCGCACUGUGCUUAAUGUGCUGGCCUCCACCAGACAAGGAGACCGCUUCAUACUGGACAGCCUCAAAACUGGAGCCAUCCAAGAGGAGUUUUAUAAGGAUUGUGAUUUGAAAGUGGGCGGCGAAUUGAACGUGUGGGGCAGGAAAGUGAUCAUUGCUGACUGUGACGACUUCACCAAAGACUACUACCGCUACAAGUAUGGGAUAGAGGACUUUAACCCGGUGAAGUACAAAGCUCCCGUAGCCCCCAAGCCUCCCAAGCUUGUACCUCCUUAUAAUGGCUUUGGCUCAGAGGAGGACUCACUAAGCUCUUGCCAGCGCCUGCUGCCCAAACCCCCACAGAAAGAUCUCCAUAAAUUCAUGGAACAUGACAGAUGUGGCCUUGAGAGUAAUGUGCUCAAGUACUAUGCCAAGAUGGUGACCACCAGUCAAGUGGAUAGCGAGAGGGAGUUCAUCAUCUCCUUCUACCUGAGCGACGACUCUAUCAGUGUGUUCGAACGCUCUCAGAAGAACUCAGGUGUGCUCGGCGGCAUGUUUCUGGCACGCGGUCGCGUCAAGAAGCCGGGCCAAGAGUUGUUUAAGAGCGAGCCCUCCGAGUACUUCAUCGCUCAAGAUUUAUACGUAGGAGCAACCCUCUGCCUUAACAACAGACUAUUCCAGCUGCUGGAUGCUGACGAAUACACCUUGAACUACCUGGAGCAACAUGCCGAGCAGUUUCCCAAAGCCAAUUUUGGCACCAUCCUGGCUAAACUGCGGUCAAUUCCGGAGGAGAAGCAGCGUGAGAUCAGGAACUUUCUGAUGCUUAAUGAUCCAACCAACACUGGAUUUGUCACCUUUGAGUCGUUCAGGGGCCUGCUGAUGGCAACGGAGUGCGGGCUGAGUGAGCAUGAGGUUCUGGUGCUGGGUCGAUCUUUCUCUGAGCACCAGCAGCCUGAAGCGGAUGUCGGCUUGAUGCUGGCUGUGGCCCAGGACGUCCUCAAGAAGAAGGACUUUGACCAGAUCGCUGACAUGACCCGAGUGUUUGAACACCACGACCUCACCAAAACAGGACGCACUUCCAUCAAAGAGGCAAUGAACAUCUGCAGAACCUUCCAGGUCCCCCUCUCUGACAACCUGCUGACAUGUCUGCUCCAAAAGUUUGCAGACGGGGACCAGAUAAACUACAACACCUUACUGGAUGGCAUCAACUGGUUAAAUCAUCCUGCUCCCCCGGUGAUGCCUGACGACCUCCUAAAAUUUGACGUGAAGCUGCGGCGUGAUGCCAGCAGAGUGAAAAGCAUCAAUUACUCCUCCCUGGUGCAGAAAGUGUUCCCCGGCGUCUCCAACACGGUCGAUCCGGAGAGCGCGGCAUCAGCGUAGAUGGUUGUGCUCAAUAACACGCGCAACAAAAUGUGAUGCAUGAGCGUGGGAAAUUUUUUUACAUCACACGCACGCUUUUUAAAAGUGUGUUAUAUCAGGCUAGAGCUACCAACACUGAGCUGAAUUUACGAGAUAGAAAAUUGGCUACAGCGGAGGAUCACUGCUAUCAGCUCACAGCUGUGGAAACAACAGGUACUGAUGAGAUGCGACAGUUUUAUGUUAUUUUUGUAAUGUCUCUGAAUCAGUGGCUAUCAAACUCUGUGAACCAUAGCUUGUGCAUCCGCAAGGUCCUAUGUCAGGACAAUUAAAACCUCUGGUAUGAUUCUGACCUUUCCUCAUCUUACAUUCCUAAAGAAAGUUUUUUUGUUUUUGUUUUUCAUAAUAGACAUAGUAUUUCAAGAUAAUGUCCUGUUUUUUUUUUUACCUCAACUUAUGAGUUGAAUUUGUUAUGAACAAGCUUGUAACUCAAUUUACGUUAAAAAAAAAAAAAAAAAAACACAUUUUAAAUUCCUGUGGCAUUUAGACAUUAUGUUAUGUUUAAUUAGCAUUAGGAAAGUGAGGGGGGGGGGGGGGGGGUGGGGGGCCACACCCAAGAAGUUUGAGGACCCCUUGCUCAAACAUCAGAGUGGAAGCUCAUGUCAUGUGGAAAGCUGACCAUUUUGUUGUAGUUGGUUGGGGUUUGCAAUCUCAUUACCGGUAGUAGUAGGUGGCAUAAUAUGGAUGCCCAGCUCCUCCUCCUUGAAAAUGUGUGUGAAAAGUCUGAAUCGGAAUAGACCUCAUCAUUAAUAAAGUUCAAAU